AUGGAAUUAGCAGAUGCACGAAAAGUACAACGGAUAGCUGCUCUUUUAAGCUAUCCUUCGUGCAUUACACAUGUUCAUUUAUUUGGUGUCCGUUCAUCUAACGCUUCAGCAACAUUUCGAGCUGUGAUUGCUGCACUUAUAAAGUCGGAUGUUAUUGUAUUACCGGCGAACUUGCUGUUGGUGAAUGGAUCCUUACACUAUUUUUGUUCUGAAGUUUUACGAAAAUUUUCAAGUGAAAAAGAUUUUGGGAAAGUCAAGACAUUAACUGAUCUUUUUAAUUUUCUUCUAUCUGACGACAUCGGGAGGAAGAAUGAUCGGACAGUUGUUUUAGCACUUAGUCAUGUGGAGUGUAUUCAUAAAUUUUCGACUCAAUUUGGGAUUACUCUUUUUAAGCGCAUCAAACGGGUACGAGUCGCGAGUGGUGGAAAGAUCAAAGCGUUGACCGUUUCCGAUAUCUCAUGGUACCAAAACGAAAGGAUUUCGCUUCUUUCCUGCUGCAUUCAGUUUGGUUUUGAAAGCUUUACCAAAGAGCAGUUGGUAAGCACUCUUGAGAAGCAUCUCAAUAUGAGUUCUGGUGAAAUUAAACUUUCUUUGGACGUUACGUAUGCUGUAUGUCGAGACCCUAAACUGUUGUUGCACAUGAUGAAGUGUAAAGAGGAGAGUGCCGCUAAGAAACCGCUGAAGACAAAUAUGAGAGAAUUUGCAGACUAUUCAAAAAGUGGCUUUGCACGUAAAAGCAUCAAGGCUAAGUCGUCAGAAGUAGCUAUAUUUACCCUUGAUAUACCAAAAGGUGCAGUUGUGUUACUUAUAGCUGCGUAUUGUGCCACGUAUAAUCCUCCUUCCUCUGAUUCGAGAAUAUUCGGUAAUGCAAAAGCAAAAAGUUUAUCAGAGGCUUCGAAGCGAAGGCAAUCUAUUGCUUCAGAGAAGAUCCCCAGGAAUUUCGAUCUUCAGCGGCUUUACUUCAUAUAUUUGUCUCUACUACGAAGUUUCGAUUUAGUGAAAAUGGAGCUCCCGAACUUGUUCCCUUUGGUUAAUGAAUUAUGUUCGCUAGGGCUUUUGAUAAAAACUUCUGCUGAUGGUAACUUGGAUACGCCGAGAUAUAAAUGUUUAGCUACGGAGGACUUAAUGUUGAAAGCAGCGAAGGUAGUUGGGGAAAAGGAUCUCCAGAAUUAUAUCUACGCUGGCUAG